AUGCCCAUCGGACGAUCUAUGAGAACAGUCAAGGACAAAAUCAAGGGCUCGGAGAAGCAGCUCCACCCUUACGCUCGAAAGUUCAAACAGGUGAACCGAGCUUCGCUGCGGGAAGACAAGCUGGUCCAGAAAAAGACUGAGCGAAUGAACGCUCGCUCAGACCACUCUACUCGAGUCAUGUUUUUUGCAGAAAUCGCCAAGAAGAGCCCCGAAAAGCUCUCCUGGACGGUGGAGGAAAUCAAGGAUAUCACAGAGGUCUAUCUGUCUCGAGAUGACGACGAGCUGGCUGCCCUCAAGAAAGCCCGUCGACCUGGCCGACCUGCGUCCAGCAAACAGGACAUGUUGCAAAUGAGAACCGACAAGGAGCGACACGAGUACAAAACUGGCUACCUGGUGCCCCAUCUGGGAGACGAGGAGACUGUUCGAGCUCUCAAGAUGUACAAGGGAACUGGAAACAUGUCCAAUGCCGUGUUCAUUCGAAUCCGUCCCGACUCUGAGACUUAUGGCGAGCCCGAAAAGUCCAUGAGAUAG